GGCUCCGGGGGGCGGGGGCCGGGCCGGCUCGCGCGGGGUAUGAUGACCCGGCGGCGGGGCCCCGGAUCGCGUCUCCUCCGCCGCCUCCUCGCGGCGGCCCCAGCUCGCGGCUGAGAACCAGACACACCGGCGGUAUGGCAUCACAGCUGCAGGUGUUCUCCCCCCCAUCAGUGUCGUCCAGUGCCUUCUGCAGUGCGAAGAAACUGAAAAUAGAGCCCUCCGGCUGGGAUGUUUCUGGACAGAGCAGCAACGACAAAUAUUAUACCCACAGCAAAACCCUCCCAGCCGCACAAGGGCAAGCCAACUCCUCUCACCAGGUAGCAAAUUUCAGCAUCCCUGCUUAUGACCAGGGCCUCCUCCUCCCAGCCCCUGCCGUGGAGCACAUUGUGGUGACGGCGGCUGACAGCUCCGCCAGCGCCGCUACGUCGACCUUCCAGAGCAGCCAGACCCUGACCCACAGGAGCAACGUUUCUUUGCUUGAGCCAUAUCAAAAAUGCGGAUUGAAAAGAAAAAGUGAGGAAGUGGACAGCAACGGUAGCGUGCAGAUCAUAGAAGAACACCCCCCUCUCAUGCUGCAAAACAGGACUGUGGUGGGUGCUGCUGCCACGACCACCACUGUGACCACGAAGAGUAGCAGUUCCAGUGGAGAAGGGGAUUACCAGCUGGUCCAGCACGAGAUCCUUUGCUCUAUGACCAACAGCUACGAAGUCUUGGAGUUCCUGGGCCGGGGGACGUUCGGGCAGGUGGCUAAGUGCUGGAAGCGGAGCACCAAGGAAAUCGUGGCUAUUAAAAUCCUGAAGAACCACCCCUCCUAUGCCAGACAAGGACAGAUUGAAGUGAGCAUCCUUUCCCGCCUAAGCAGCGAAAAUGCUGAUGAGUAUAAUUUUGUGCGUUCUUACGAGUGCUUUCAGCAUAAGAAUCACACCUGCCUCGUGUUCGAGAUGCUGGAGCAGAACUUAUAUGAUUUUCUAAAGCAGAACAAGUUCAGCCCACUGCCACUCAAGUACAUCAGACCGAUCUUGCAGCAGGUGGCCACAGCCCUGAUGAAGCUCAAGAGCCUUGGUCUGAUUCAUGCCGACCUUAAGCCAGAAAACAUCAUGCUGGUCGAUCCAGUGCGCCAGCCCUACCGAGUGAAGGUCAUUGACUUUGGUUCUGCUAGUCACGUUUCCAAGGCUGUGUGCUCCACCUACUUACAGUCACGUUACUACAGAGCCCCUGAAAUCAUCCUUGGACUACCGUUUUGUGAAGCUAUUGAUAUGUGGUCAUUGGGCUGUGUGAUAGCUGAGCUGUUCCUGGGAUGGCCUCUUUACCCUGGUGCUUCAGAGUAUGACCAGAUUCGGUAUAUUUCACAAACACAAGGCCUGCCAGCUGAAUACCUUCUCAGCGCCGGGACAAAAACAACCAGGUUUUUCAACAGAGACCCCAAUUUGGGGUACCCCCUGUGGAGGCUUAAGACACCUGAAGAACAUGAGUUGGAGACUGGAAUCAAAUCAAAAGAAGCUCGAAAGUACAUUUUUAAUUGUUUAGAUGACAUGGCUCAGGUGAAUAUGUCUACAGACUUAGAAGGAACAGACAUGCUGGCCGAGAAGGCGGAUCGGAGAGAAUACAUUGACCUCUUAAAAAAAAUGCUAACGAUUGAUGCAGAUAAGAGAGUCACGCCCUUGAAAACCCUUAACCACCAGUUUGUGGCCAUGACUCACCUCCUGGACUUCCCACACAGCAAUCAUGUUAAGUCUUGUUUCCAGAACAUGGAGAUCUGCAAGCGGAGGGUUCACAUGUAUGAUACAGUGAGUCAGAUCAAGAGUCCCUUCACAACGCACGUCGCUCCAAAUACAAGCACAAAUCUCACCAUGAGCUUCAGCAACCAGCUGAACACCGUGCACAAUCAGGCCAGUGUUUUAGCUUCCAGUUCCACUGCAGCAGCUGCUACUCUGUCUCUGGCCAACUCCGACGUCUCCCUGCUGAACUACCAGUCGGCCUUGUACCCGUCCUCGGCAGCGCCGGUUCCUGGGGUGGCGCAGCAGAGCGUCUCCCUGCAGCCCGGGACCACCCAGAUCUGCACGCAGACCGAUCCGUUCCAACAGACCUUCAUUGUGUGUCCCCCUGCGUUUCAGACUGGACUACAAGCAACAACAAAGCACUCUGGAUUCCCUGUGAGGAUGGAUAACGCUGUGCCCAUCGUCCCGCAGGCACCAGCGGCUCAGCCACUGCAGAUACAGUCAGGAGUUCUCACGCAGGGAAGCUGUACACCAUUAAUGGUAGCAACUCUCCACCCUCAAGUAGCCACCAUCACACCGCAGUACGCGGUGCCCUUUACUCUGAGCUGCGCCGCCGGCCGCCCGGCGCUGGUUGAACAGACUGCUGCUGUACUGCAGGCUUGGCCCGGAGGAACCCAGCAAAUUCUCCUGCCUUCCGCUUGGCAACAGUUGCCGGGGGUGGCCCUGCACAACUCCGUCCAGCCCACCGCAGUGAUCCCAGAGGCCAUGGGCAGUGGCCAGCAGCUCGCAGACUGGAGGAAUGCCCACUCCCAUGGCAGCCAGUACAGCACGGUCAUGCAGCCGCCGUCCUUGCUCACCAGCCACGUGACCCUGGCCACCGCUCAGCCCCUGAACGUCGGCGUCGCCCAUGUCGUCCGACAGCAGCAGUCCAGCUCCCUGCCUGCGAAGAAGAACAAGCCGUCCGCGGCAGGCUCUUCCAAGUCUUCUCUGGAUGCUCUGCCUUCUCAAGUCUAUUCUCUGGUCGGGAGCAGUCCCCUCCGCUCCACAUCCUCCUAUAAUUCCCUGGUCCCUGUCCAGGACCAGCAUCAGCCAAUCAUCAUUCCAGACACUCCCAGCCCCCCUGUGAGUGUCAUCACUAUCCGCAGUGACACUGAUGAGGAAGAGGACAACAAAUACAAGCCCAGCAGCUCUGGCCUGAAGGCGAGGUCGAAUGUCAUCAGCUACGUCACUGUCAACGACUCUCCGGACUCCGACUCUUCCUUGAGCAGCCCCUAUUCUGCGGACGCCCUGAGUGCCCUCCGGGGCGAUAGCGGGUCCCUCCCGGAGGGCUCUGGCCGGGGCGGGGGUGACGGCACGGGCACUGGCACCCGCACCAUCAUUGUGCCCCCGCUGAAGACGCAGCCGGGCGACUGCACUGCGGCCACGCAGGCCUCGGGUCUCCUGAGCAGUAAGACCAAGCCGGUGGCCUCGGUGAGUGGGCAGUCAUCUGGAUGCUGCAUCACCCCCACGGGGUACCGAGCUCAGCGUGGGGGGGCCAGCGCAGCGCAGCCGCUCAACCUUAGCCAGGCUCCACAAUUCAAGAGGGAUAUGAAGAACUUAGAGGAGAACAAGAGAAAACAUGGCCGAGAAAGAAAGGUUAGGAAAAAUUCAGAUUCACUGACGCCAGAAUAGGAACCAGCAGUCGUCAUCAGCGCCAGCCCCGCAGGAGAGAAGCAGCAACCCUGCCCCCCGCAGGCAGCAGGCGUUUGUGGCCCCGCUCUCCCAGGCCCCCUACGCCUUCCAGCAUGGCAGCCCACUGCACUCGACGGGGCACCCACACCUGGCCCCGGCCCCUGCUCACUUGCCAAGCCAGCCUCACCUGUAUACAUACGCGGCCCCCACCUCCGCUGCCGCGCUGGGCUCCACCAGCUCCAUCGCUCAUCUCUUCUCCCCCCAGGGCUCCGCGCGGCACGCCGCAGCCUACACCACCCACCCCAGCACUCUGGUGCACCAGGUCCCUGUCAGUGUGGGGCCCAGCCUCCUCACCUCUGCCAGUGUGGCCCCCGCUCAGUAUCAGCACCAGUUUGCCACCCAGUCCUACAUUGGGUCAUCCCGGGGCUCAGCCAUCUACACUGGAUACCCACUGAGCCCUACCAAGAUCAGCCAGUAUUCCUACCUGUAGUUGGGGAGCCCCACAGCCACCUCUCCUGGCUCCGAGCUCUUCGCUGUGGGCCCCCAGAGCCUCUCCCUCACCGUCUCUGGAGACUCCUCAGCCGGCACCUUGCUCUGCAGGGGCCGCUGGAGCAGAAGCGUUUUCUCCGGGAACCUGUGUCGGUGUUGGCCGCCUCCCUGUAGCCUCCUGGUCCACCCUCCUUGUCACCCUUUGUCUUCGCGACAGCAGCUUGGUGUCCGGGAGAGUUCAGGUGCCCCUCUUCUGCCGUUCCCAAGGAGGAGGAUCCUUCUGAAGUCACCCUCCGAAAAAUAUUUUCUCUAUUUCUAUAAAUGCUUUUAAAAACAAGGGAAGCCCCUUUUAUUUAACGUUGUUUUGUCGUAGUUGCUGUUCAGAGGGAAAAUGCUGAUGGAAGGACUUGAAAUCGGGCAAUAAGUGAGAAAAGAAAAAUCAUUACUUUUUGCUGUUUAAGAACCAAGACUUAAAAUUGCCUACUUUAAGAGUAGCUCUCACAAGUCCUCAUUUUCCUAUCGGGCAUUUCUUCUCAAGAUUUUACUUUUGUUUGUGAGCUAUUUAAACUUACAAUGUUUUAGUUUUGUCCUCAUGUCACAUUAUACUCAAGGGUCAGUUGUUACUUCUGUGGAAUGCGUACUGCUCUGUGUUGUCGUUGGGGUUCUCCAGCCGCUCCUGUGUAGAUCACGAAGUAGUGUUGAAAAGGCAGCUCUCGCCUGCUGGUUCACUUGGUGCGAGAGACUGUUCCUGCCAUGAAAACACAGAACACCAGGUAUUCUUUUUAAGUGAGGCACCACGCAUUCUUUUAAAAUUAUUUUCUAAAAAGUCCUUCUCUGGUUCAGCUUAAAUUUUAUUAUGGAAAAGCCAUGCAGGUGGUUAUUAUUGUGUGGUGGUGGUGGUGGUGGUUUUAUUAUAUGCAAAAAUCUCUUUGUAUUAUGUGAUACUGGCAUUAAUGAGCUUUGCCUAAAGAUUAGUAUAGUAUGAAUUUUCAAUAACACACCUCUCUCUCUCCUCGCCUCCCCUCUCCCUUCUGUUCUCUGUGAUUUAUCUGGGGAGAAAGCUAAAGAAUCUGAAACCAGAUGAGAACAUUGUGUAUAGCUUUUAUACUUUAAAGUAGCUUCCUUUGUAUGCCAGCAGCAAAUUGAAUGCUCUCUUAUUAAGACUUAUACAAUAAGUGCAUGUAGGAAUUGCAAAAAUAUUUUAAAAUUUUAUUACUGAAUUUAAAAAUAUUUUAGAAGUUUUGUAAUGGUGGUGUUUUAAUAUUUUGCAUAAUUAAAUAUGUACAUAUUGAUUAGAAAAAUAUAACAAGCAAUUUUUCCUGCUAACCCAAGAUGUUAUUUGUGAUCAAAUGUGUAGUGAUUACACCUGAAUUGUGUAUUUAGUGUGUGUCUGACCCUCCAGUGUUACCCCGGAGAUGGCACUGAUGUCUCCAUUGUAUUUAAACCAAAAGGAACUGAUACUUGUUGGAAUGUAUGUGAACUAAUUGCAAUUAUAUUAGAGCAUAUUACUGUAGUGCUGAGUGAGCAGGGGCACUGCCUGCAAGGGGAGGAGACCCUUGGAAUCGUUUUGCACAGGUGUGUCUGGUGAGGAGUCGUUCAGUGUGUGUCUCUUCCCUCCCUCCUCCUCCUUCCCUUAUUGUAGUGCCUUAUAUGAUAAUGUAGUGGUGAUAGCGUUUACAGUGAGCUCGCCUUAGGAUGGACCAGCAGGCCCGGUGGGCCCUCCUCCGUUCGCUGGGGUUUGUCAGAACAGGACGAGUAGCCGUGUUGUGUCAGUGCGUUGUUCUCAGCUUCCCUGCCGAUGUUGAAAACCAGAAAUAGCAGCUUUCCUCCUUCUCCGCCAUUCUGCCCCCUUUGCGUUUUGGCGUCGCAGCCGAGUUCUCCCAGAGCCCUUGUCCCCGCGAGGCUCUCACGGCGCGUGGCUGCCCUGCUGCUGUGAGCGCCCGGGGAGCAGGUGGGGGGGGCGGGGCAAGCCAGGAUUUACUAGGCAUUUUGACUUUUUAAAAAGUAUGUGCAAUCACUUUGAGAAUGAGAUUCCCCCCCCUUUCCCCAUGUGGCAGUCCUUCCUGCAAAUAGCUGACAUUCCUAGUGAAAUAUUUGCCUGUCGAAAAAAACAUGUAACAGACGUGUCUAUACCAAAGAGCCUGUCGUACUGCUUCCCAUGUCCCCGUGCUGCCAGGGGUAGCGUUGUGAUGCCGCUGUGGCAGGGAACUCACAGAAAGGUUUCUUAGCUGGUGAAGAAUAUUAAGAAGGAACCAAAGCCAGCUGAGUCAUUGGGCUUUUUGAGGUUUCUUUUUUAACAACUAGUAUAUUCUUGGGGCCCUUCCAACUGUGAAAUCGUCCUUGUACUCUCAGCUCCUGCAUGGAUCUGGGUCAAGUAGAGGGUACUGGGGAUGGGGAUGUUCCUGCCCGUAAAAGAUUUGGGGGGAGAAGGUUGAUCUAAGAUGCAGUGUUCCAUCUGAACCGAGAGUGACAUACCGGAGGGAUAGUCUAGGACCGGUUCUUUGUGGAGAUGGUGCCAAGGAGGUGCAGGAUGGAGCUGGGAGACUGCGUGGGGGCCGGUCAGCGAGCUCUGCACCGGGUCGAACACCAAGGAGCUGUCAGGGUAUUUGGAGUUCUUCACUGUAAGGAGCAAGGGCUUCCAGGACGGGGCAGACCGCCAGUACAGCCUCCCAGGAACAUGUUGGUGUUUUCUGUGUGUUUUUAAAUCUUACGGAGUUGUGUUCUCAGCCCUGUGUUGGUCAGGACACCCACGCAGUUAGUAUAGUUCCUGUCGUUAGUGUUACACAGUGUUCUGGUCAGCACGUGUGAUCUCCGUGUCUCCUUUUUGCCAAGCACAUUCUGAUUUUCUUGCUCAAGGGCAGAUCUAGUUUCUAAUGGAAUCAUUUUUUUGUUCCUUAUCUUCCCUCUGCAAGGGUUAGGAAUUGCCGUUUUUCAAGAAACGAGAUGGGGGGAGGGGAAGCCCACAAAACACUCCACUCCUGUCCCCAAUCCAAUAGAUACAUACAUCAUUUAAGACGCAGAGGAAAAGACAAUACCAAGGUCUUCUAUUGUUACCUUAACCAUCUUGCUAGCAUUGUGUGGCUUUAAGGAUUUUAGAGAUUUUCAGUCUUAGUUUAAAAAUUGGCAUUUCAGAUUUACCAAGACAAAAAUCCACCCGUGUCUGCUGAAUGUGUGUGUGCACAGUGUGGCCCUGGACUCUGCGCCUGGGGCUCGCCAUCUCUGCCCCUGGCAGGACGGGAGAGGCCCUGGGAAUUCAGUGAGCAGCCGGCCUGGGCCACGGGGGCCGGGCCUCAGACCAGGUGAAGGCCCCAAGGCCUCUCGGGAGUUGCAUUUUCAGCUCCUGCCCUUCAGGGUGAGAGAGCAAGUAGGGGAAUGUGAAGAACAGCCACUCGAGGCUCAUCAGGACCCCGAUCACUGGAGUUUUUACUAGCUCCCACGAGGGGAUCCCACCGUCCGUGCUCAGCUGAGAGCCGGCCCCGGGGACAAGAACUGCAUGUCAGACCGCUCUGGCCCUCCACCGCCCUCCCUGAGGGGGCUGCGCCUGGCCACCCUUCGCCAGGCAAGCACAGCAACGGGUGCUGUAGUCAGCGUUAUUAUGCAAAACCCACUGGUCAUGAUGGUUUGCUUUAAGUUAGGAAACGAAAUUGCCUCUCAGUGACAGAUACGGCCCAAGCCUGCUUCCUGUUUCGGAUUUGUUUUUAACUGAUGGAUGGUGCAGCAUGUCUACAUGCUUGUUUGUUGCUGAACUUAUAUAACGUGUGGUUUCGAUUCAGCUCGAAAAAUAAUCUCACUACAUGUAGCAGUACAUUAUAUGUAAUGUUAGUAUUCCUGCUUUGAAUCCUUGAUAUUGCGAUGGAAUUCCAACUUUAUUAAAUGUAUUUGAUAUGCUAGUUAUUGUGUGCGAUUUACACUUCUUUUGCUUUUCCCCUUUUCUGGUUGUGCGCUUCCUUUUACAACAAGCCUCUAGAAGCAGUUUCUGAGAAUUACUGAGUUAUGUUUGUAAUGCAGAUGUACUUAGGGAGUAUGUAAAAUAAUCAUUUUAACAAAAUAAAUAGAUAUUUAAAAUUUAAUACUAACUACGGGAAAAGGGUCCAUUGUGUAAAACAUAGUUUAUCUUUGGAUUCAAUGUUUGUCUUUGGUUUUACAAAGUAGCUUGUAUUUUCAGUAUUUUCUAUAUAAUAUGGUAAAAUGUAGAGCAAUUGCGAUGCAUCAAUAAAAUGGGUAAAUUUUCUGAU